CCCCGUAUUAAUUUGCCUCUAUCAUCUUGUGCCCAAAGAAGUCUUUUUGGUUUAUAGAUGGAAGCAUCUCAGAUGUGAUCUCAUUGUGGUUGAGCAUGGAAAGGGGGGUGGAGAUGGCACCUGGGGACAGCGGAUAAAGGGACCCAGCCUCUAAUGGGACCCCUCCACCCGCAGUGUGCUGUGUCAAUCCUCCCCAUUGUUUCCUGAGAGCUUCUAGCGAUGGCCCCGAAGAAGAAGGAAGAGCCCAAACCUGCAGCAGCACCGGCCCCCAAACCCCCGGAGCCCGAGCGCCCCAAGACCCCGGAGUUUGACCCCACAUCAGUGACGCUGGAAUUCACCCCAGAGCAACUUGAGGACUUCAAAGACGCUUUCCAGCUGUUUGAUAGGACACCAGCCAACGAGAUGAAAAUCACUUACGCCCAGUGUGGGGAUCUGAUCAGGGCUUUGGGUCAGAAUCCUACCCAGGCAGAGAUCAUGCAUGUCCUUGGAAAGCCAAAAGCUGAGGAAAUGCAGACCAAGAUGCUUGACUUUGACCAGUUUCUGCCAAUACACCAGCACAUUUGCAAGGCCAAAGACCGUGGAACAUUUGAGGACUUUGUGGAGGGUCUGAGGGUUUUCGACAAGGAGGGAAACGGCACAGUCAUGGGAGCUGAGCUCAGGCACGUUCUGGCGACACUGGGUGAGAAGCUGAGGGAGGACGAGGUGGAGCAGCUAAUGCAGAACCAGGAGGAUGCCAAUGGAUGCAUAAAUUAUGAAGCUUUUGUAAAGUACAUCAUGGCAUCCUAAAUGGAUAACUCAUUGUCAUUUUGGUGCUACAUCACUCUGCAUCAUGAAAUCAGUAUGAGCCAGUAACAAGGUAGUUUGACCACCUUCCUCGAAAACCAUGACCCUGAAUCGUUGACUGCAGAAGGUCUUUAUGUUUCUGUAAAUCCCAUCUUGUAUAUUUCUCAUUUCCAUGCAUCUCAGAUGGAUCUACAACUCAUUAGCAUUUCACCUUGUUUUUCUACGACUGCAUGUGUUGAUGCUGAGGACAAGUACAUGCCACCGCUGUUCAUAUUGCAGAUCAUGGUGAAUAAAUGAAUCAAAUUUGA